AAACCAAAAUAGAUUAGUCUGUAUAAGUUAAAAAAAAAGUAGCAAGCCCAGCCAACGUCUCAGGCUCAGCCGCAAGGUACUUACUUACUUUCCGUCACUGGCACUGCAAUCUAUUUCUAUCAAACGACGACGAGACGCAUAAAUAAUCUCUCUUCUUUGUAUCAGACAGACAGACAGACAUGUCAGGGAGGAAAGAAACGGUUCUGGACUUGGCCAAAUUCGUUGACAAAGGUGUUCAAGUUAAGCUCACUGGUGGCAGACAAGUGACAGGAACUCUGAAAGGGUAUGACCAGUUACUAAACCUUGUCCUGGAUGAAGCUGUUGAAUUUCUGAGAGAUCCUGAUGAUCCACUGAAAACUACAGCUCAGACCAGAAGUCUUGGCUUAAUUGUUUGUAGAGGAACUGCUGUCAUGCUUGUUUCCCCAACUGAUGGUACAGAUGAGAUUGAGAACCCCUUUAUUCAGCCCGAUGGGGCCUAAGAUUUGAAAUGUAUGCAUGUGUAAAACAGCUAACUUUCAUAAAUGUAUGCUAACCAAGCCAGUCUUCAUUAUUGUGAUCAGCUUGGUAUUUGCUCUCCUAUCCUGUGUUAACUUUUUUAUCUUUUUUUGAUUAAAACACAUUGGUUUUUUGUUUUACUGACUAAUAUAAGAUUUCAUGGUUCCGUAGUUUA